CAGAAAAUAGAAGCUUUAGCCUCCCCAUGUUGCAACAAUUUGAUCUCUAUCAGAACAAAUUCGAGGGUCAAAUUCCAUUGGGCCUUGCAUCGUCCCAGCAUCUUCAGCUACUUUCCGUUGCUGCAAAUCUAUUUGUGGAUGUGGUGCCCGUAUGGCUGGCUAAGCUACCACAACUUACGCUGAUUUCUAUGGGUGACAAUGCCCUAGUUGGCCCGAUCCCGCCUGUGCUUGGAAAUCUCACCAUGCUCAACUUCCUUGACAUCUCGUACUCCAACAUAAGCGGAGAUAUUCCUGUGGAAUUGGGAGAACUGAGACAACUGACUUGGUUGCACCUUUCGGACAAUCAACUAACAGGUCUCUUACCAGAAUUUCUAGGAAAUUAUUCAAAAAUGUCUGUCUUAAGUUUGGGAUGGAAUCGGCUGACUGGACCAGUACCGUCAACACCUGGAAAUAACAGGCCUCUAGUGUAUCUUGAUAUUCGAGAGAAUCAUCUCCAAGGGGAUCUUGGUUUCUUGGCCAGCCUUUGCGAUUGUCGGCAACUUCAAACCCUUGCCAUAUCAAAUAAUCCUUUCUCUGGGAGUAUCCCCAGCUAUUUCGGUAACCUCUCGACUAACCUGGUAGUAGUUGAAGCAAAGAAUAACCAUUUGGUUGGUGGGAUUCCAGAAACACUAUCAAAUCUUAGUGGUCUUCGUCUGAUAAGCUUUUCCAACAACCAUCUUACCAAAGAAAUACCAGAAUCCAUCUCUAAGUUGGAGAAUCUCCAGGCACUUGAUCUCGCUGGAAAUAGAAUGGUUGGCCAAAUCCCUGUACAAAUUGGUAUGCUGAGAAAUAUUGUAGAGUUACAACUCUCGGACAAUAUGUUAUCUGGCUCCAUACCAUAUGCCAUGGACAACCUCACCAUGUUAGAGCACGUUUCAUUAUCUUAUAACCAUCUAUCUUCGACAAUACCAUCAAGCUUCUUUUAUCACAGUAACCUUAUCCAACUAGAUCUGUCACAUAAUUCCCUAACCGGUACAUUACCUUCUGAACUUAGCCAUAUGCAAAGUAUGGACGUGAUGGAUCUUUCUAGUAACCUCUUGGGUGGUAGCCUUCCAAGUUCAUUCGGACAGGUUGCCAUGUUAUUAACCUACCUAAAUCUUUCACACAGCUCAUUUAAGGGUUUAGUCCCAAACUCUUUCGGCCGCUUAACCAACUUAGAAACAUUGGACCUAUCGUCAAACAAUCUUUCAGGUACAAUACCAGAAUACCUCGUUAACUUCACCUACCUUUCUUCUCUGAACCUCUCCUUCAAUAGGUUAGAAGGGCAAAUACCAAAUGGAGGUGUUUUCUCAAACAUCACCUUGCAAUCUUUGAUGGGGAAUGUUGGGCUAUGUGGUGCUCCUCAUCUAGGACUGUCACCGUGUCCGCACAAGUCUCACUUGACUUAUAGUCGACACAUCCUCAAAUUUAUACUCCCGGUUGUCAUCAUUGGAGUUGGUGCAUUUGCAACCACCAUGUACCUAAUGGUCAGAAAGAAAAAUAAGAAACAAUCUUAUGGUACGGCUUCUACUAGCAUGACUGAUCUGAUCAGCCAUAGGUUAGUAUCCUACCAUGAGAUUGCUCGUGCCACUGAAAAUUUCAAUGAGGACAACCUACUUGGUACCGGUAGUUUUGGCAAAGUUUUCAAAGGCCAACUAGAUGAUGGUUUGGUGGUUGCAAUAAAAGUGCUCAAUAUGCAAGUCGAGCAGGCUGUGAGGAGUUUUGAUGCUGAAUGUCAAGUGUUGCGCAUGGCUCGGCAUCGCAACUUAAUACAAAUAUUAAAUGCGUGUUCCAGCCUGGAUUUCAAGGCACUGCUCCUUCAGUACAUGCCCAAUGGUAUCAUGGAGACACACUUGCACAAUGAAAUAAGGGAACCACUAAGAUUCAUCCAGAGAUUGGACAUUAUGCUUGGCGUGCCAGAGGCAAUGGAGUACCUGCACCAUCAUCAUUUCCAAGUUGUCUUGCACUGUGACCUGAAGCCUAGCAAUGUGUUGUUCGAUGACGACAUGACGGCGCAUGUUGCCGACUUUGGCAUUGCAAAGUUACUUCUACGUGAUGACAACUCCAUGGUUUCAGCAAGUAUGCCGGGGACAAUUGGGUACAUGGCCCCUGAGCUAGCAUUCAUGGGAAAGGCAUCACGAAAGACUGACAUGUUCAGCUUCGGGAUCAUGUUGCUUGAAGUCUUCACAGGGAAGAGGCCCACAAACGCUAUGUUCGUUGGAGAAUCUAGCCUUAGGCAGUGGGUUUCGCAAGCAUUUCCAGCAAAGCUCGUUGAUGUUUUGGAUGAGAAGCUACAGCAGGGUGAAGAAAUGAACCUUGCCUUCCAUCACCAAACAAUUAAUACUUCAUCGUCGUCAUCCUCCAUUUCCUGCAAUGGAAACUUUCUUGUGUCGAUAUUCCAGCUGGGUCUAGAGUGUUCGGACGAUUCUCCCAGUCAGAGGGCAAGCAUGAGCGACGUGGUCGUGAGGCUCAAAAACAUUAAAAAGGAUUACUCUGCUUUCAUGGCGGCAACUCAAAGCGCGCAACAACGUUCAUGAGAUAAUGUUUUAGUGCAUCUAUGUAGUGCAUAAUUUUCACUUUUCCACUCAUAUGGUAGUUAUUUUAAGAAAAUAGCAAUACACCUGUGGAAAGAGGAUUUUCUGCAACUGGUUGCCGGUGCAAGUAAUAUUCUCUCUCCUCUUCAUUUUUUUCUGAUUCUCAAAAAAUGUGAAAUAAUUCAGGAAUGUUAGUAAUGCUACGUAAUGUGUACUUGUAAAGAUUCAUCCAAUAAUGCAAUGAUUUGUGAAUUAGACAAAAAUGACAAGAUUUAAACGAAUAGUGUGUUUUCAUCUUGAGUUUGAUUGGAUAAUUUAGCUAUCAAUUCUCGAAAGUUGACAUGCCUUGCGUAGUUGUGUUGGCUUAUGCUCUGCUAUAG